AUGGAGCAGAACCAGCUGGACAGAGAAAACAUCUCCUGUUCAAUCUGUCUAGAUAUCCUGAAGGAUCCGGUAACUACUUCCUGUGGACACAGCUACUGUAUGAACUGUAUUAAAAGCCACUGGGAUGGAGAGGAUCAGAAAAGAAUCCACAGCUGCCCUGAGUGCAGGACAACUUUUGUACGGAGGCCUAAACUGCAGAAGAACACCAUGUUAGCAGCUUUAGUAGAGCAGUUGAAGAGAACUGGACUCCAAACUGCUCCUGCUGACCACUACUAUGCUGGAGCUGAAGAUGUGGCCUGUGAUGUUUGCACUGGAAGGAAACUGAAAGCCCUCAAGUCCUGUUUAGUCUGUCUGGCCUCUUAUUGUGAAAAACACCUUCAGCCUCACAAGAAUUCCGCUCCAUUAAGGAAACACCACCUGGUGGAGCCGUCCAAGAACCUCCAGGAGAACAUCUGCUCUCAUCAUGAUGAGGUGAUGAAGAUGUUCUGCCGUACUGAUCAGAAGUCUAUCUGUUAUCUCUGCUCCAUGGAUAGACAUAAAGGCCAUGACACAGUCUCAGCUGCAGCAGAAAGGAGUGAGAGGCAGAGAGAGUUGCAGGAGAGACAAGGAAUAAUCCAGCAGAGAGUCCAGGACAGAGAGAGAGAUGUGAAGCUGCUUCGGCAGGAGGUGGCAGCAAUCAAUCGCUCUGCUGAGAAAACAGUGGAGGACAGUGAGAAGAUCUUCACUGAGCUGAUCCGACUCAUCCAGAAAAGUAGGUCUGAUAUGAAGCAGCAGAUCAGAUCCCAGCAGGAAGCUGAAGUCAGUCGAGUCAAAAAGCUUCAGGAGAGGCUGGAGCAGGAGAUCAGUGAGCUGAAGAGGAAAAACGCUGAGCUGGAGCAGCUCUCAGACACAGAGGAUCACAACCGGUUUCUCCACAGCUACCCCUCACUGUCAGACCUCAGGGAAUCUACACCCUCAGCCGGCAUCGACAUCCGUCCCCUGAGACGCUGGGAGGAUGUGACAGCAGCUGUGUCAGAGCUCAGAGACAAACUACAGGACGUCCUGAGAGACACAUGGACAAAGAUCUCCCUGACACUGACUGAGGCAGAACCAGAACCAGAGAGCAGAGCUGGGUUAUUACGAUAUUCAUGUCAGAUCACACUGGAUCCAAACACAGCACACAGAAAUCUGUCACUAUCAGAGGGAAACAGGAAGGUGACACGGAAGAGUCAACCUCAGUCUUAUUCUAGUUAUCCAGACAGAUUCACCGAUUGGUCUCAGGUUUUGAAUAGAGAGAGUCUGACUGGACGUUGUUACUGGGAGGUGGAGUGGAGGGGGGAGGUUUAUGUAGCAGUAGCAUACAAAAAUAUCAGCAGAACAGGAUGGGGGAAUGAAUGUGGAUUUGGAGGUCCUGGUUCCUCCAGAGUAGGAGUGGACCUGGAUCAAGGAGCAGGUGUUCUGUCUUUCUACAGUGUCUCAAAAACCAGAACUCUCCUCCACAGAGUCCAGACCACAUUCACUCAGCCACUACAUGCUGGAGUUUGGGUUGGUCCUGGAUCGUCUGCAGAGUUGUGUAAAGCUAAAUAGAUCCAGUGUGUUGGUUCUGAUUGUUGAUCAGGGUUCCUGGU